AUGACCGAGGAUGUCAUUUCUUGCCUCAAGAAGUUCGGCGAAGCUUUAGGGAGUAGCUCGAUCUCGUCAGAAUCUGUAGGUUUGGUUAAAUAUGAUGGUAUCUGUUGUCACAAGCUCAAAGUACUAGAUGGAUUAAGCGAUGCUAAUUUAACAUUAAAUGAACUUUACGAAUCCGGUGUUGGCAGAGCUGUGAGCAAGCUAAAAGGCGAACCGGGGCUAUUAGGCAAGGCGGCUCGAGAUUUGGUUUUGAAAUGGAGAAACCUCCUCAACGAUCACCUAAGACGUGAAAACAUUGAUGUGCUUCCUGAUUUAUCGGAAAAGAAUUAUCAAGAACUGGACUCACCUAAAAAGCUACAGAUGCUCGCUAUUACAAAAGAUAAGUGUCUAGAAGGUAAAGAAAUCCAACGCAAGUUACAGAAGCCUCCCACUGCGGGAACUCUUAAAGGCCCAUUCCUCAAUGGUGAUGCUAACUUUAUGAAAACAGACCACAUUCCUAGCCCAAAAGCUGAUGAUGUGUCCAAACUUACUAUCAGAUCGAAUAUUUCUUCUCCCCUUUCGGAAACGCCAUCUCACUCUUCCUCGAAAGAAUAUGUUGAUAAAAAUUCAUCUUCAGGAGGCAAGACAGUCAAGAGAAAGUUAUCUUCAGGGGACAAAAAGGAUGGCAGUUCUGAUUACCUAGAUUCAAGUAGUGGUCUAUCAUUCAUGGAGUGUCUAACUUCCAUUUCUUCGAACUCUAGUAAGAGACAAACUCCUAAGAAAACUACCCCUAAGUCAAGUAAACUCAAGGCUGAUGAACCCGCUUCGUUUUUUAUUCCAUCCAAAGAGUUUAGCAAAGACAUCAUUUCCUCAUUAUCUCAGCCUUGCGUCAGGCCCGAUGCUAUUCAUCCUGAUCAUCAAGCCACUUUAAAAGGUAGGCUGUGA